GAAGUUUGGGUUGAUGCAAGAAAAAAAAGGAUUUUCCUUUCUUCUGUUGUUCAUUUGUUUGUAAUAACAAUAGGCCUAAAAAUGAAAUGAGAAGGGGAAAUAAGUAAAUGUUAGAUAAAAGCGGUAGUUCCUGCUGAAAUUAAAAAGAAAACUGGAAAGAUGGGGUCGACGAAUGUGGUCAAAAUGUGCAUAGCAUCGUGAUAUUUAUUUGUACAGCGGUAUGUCGAUGUCGGGGGGGAGUUGUUACUAGACCGCAUGCAAAAUGCGUUUAUGCAAAUUCACCGCUCUGCUUGCACUCUCAUGCAAAUAAGGUGUUCAUUGCACAAUCUGGGCGUGGCUUGAACACGCGCACUGGACCGCUUGGCUCUCGUUUGUGUUAGGAUCCGAUGCGGUGAUUGGUCAAAAGUUCCAUUACAUUAUUGUGCGUGGUAUGAUUGGCCAGUUCACCUCCCUUGAACGGUCCCUAAUUUGCAUAACAUAUCCAAUAAAUAGGAAAUCGUUUCAAGUGACUUGCAUAGUUUUCCGAUUAACUUCAAUCGAAUUACGAACUACUGAAAGAUGCCAAGAAGUCCAUCGAAGAGUAGCCCAAGGAAGGGCAGUCCUCGUAAGGGGAGUCCUCGCAAAGGCAGCCCGAAGCGUGGUGGAAAGGGAGCAAAGCGAGCUGGAAAAGGAGGUCGCCGUAGGAACGUCGUCAAGCGUCGCCGCCGUCGACGAGAGAGCUACGGCAGCUACAUUUACAGGGUGCUGAAGCAAGUCCACCCAGACACUGGCAUCUCGAGCCGCGGAAUGUCUGUGAUGAACAGCUUCGUCAACGAUGUCUUCGAGCGGAUCGCUGGGGAGGCUUCUCGCUUGUGUCAAGCCAACCGACGUCGCACCAUCUCCAGCCGGGAGAUCCAGACUGCCGUUCGCCUACUUCUCCCAGGAGAACUGGCCAAGCAUGCUGUAUCUGAGGGAACGAAGGCUGUGACCAAAUAUACCACCUCCCGCUAAAUUUCACCAGCUUUCGUUUAGCUGGGAAAUAACCAAACGGCUCUUAUCAGAGCCACCACAUAUUCAAGAAAGAAUCAAAAGGUCAUCUCGCCCCUUAUCCAUUGUAACCUAAGAAACGAAAAUAACACUUAUUAACAG